AGCUGAAAACACAGCCCUGCACCAGCUGCUAGGAAGAAAAUUAACUCAGAGCUGAAAUCAGGACAGUGUUUUAAUUAACAUUGGAACAAAGGGCUGUGCAGACUGGGACUGGGAAUAGUGCAAACAGGAAAUGCUGCAAACUGGUUGGUCCUGCCAUUUCUUACCCCUGCAACAAACCCAAGCCCAGCCACAUGGGCCGUGCUCUUGCAUCGUCACCUGCAGAUUCCUGCAUAUCCUGGUGCCAGAAAUAGGCAGGUUCCCCACUUGGCAGGAUCUGUAUUAGAGGAUAAGCACCUUAAUUAAAGGAGAAAGUCACACCUUGGAUUAGUUGGAAGAGUGGGGAUUUUAAAUACAAACACAAGCUAAAUUCCUCCCUACAAAAUGAAGGAGACCAAGCCUUGAAAUAUAUCUAGUCCAUGGCUGGGAGGGAGGGCAGAAAUCUGUGAGGAAAUGCCCUGGUGCAGAAAUUGGAUGUAACUAAGGCUCAACCCAAAUUCUGCUUUGUUUUCCUCGUUGCACAGAAUCUCGCCUGUCCCGUACCCUUGGGCAGGGCCUGGCUGGGCGAUCCAGGGCUUGGGUACUCGCCUCUGCUCUGGUUUUGCUUUGUGUUUGGUUUAAAUGCAGUGCAAACUGCAGCGUAAGGGCAGAUGUUGCUCCGUGGUUGAGAUAAGGGUGCUGUCCUGCUCGCCCGCCCCUUGGAAAGCUGCCCUGGCUUCAGAGAAACAGCUUUUUCUCCCCCUGUGCCGUAGCUGGCCGGGCAGACGCGCUCAGGUGGCCUUUGGACUGUGGGCAGCACAAAUGGGUGACUUUCUGUGUGGCUUUUCCCUUUGCUCCACAGAUGUUCUGCAAAUCCUUCCAUGGCUUACUGAUUGUUAAGCAAUUCUUAUCUUUGCUGGUGGUUUGUGUGGUGAACACGAGGAGUCGUCCUACAAAACUGGAGUAUUUAAACACCAGCUGUUUAAUGGGCAUUGUUGAGCACUGACUGGUUUAGUUCCCCUUUUGGCUGGAGGGUCGUUUAUGCAAAGUGCAGUUUCUAUUCUUAAGUGCGAUGGAGGAGGAGGGAUGUAUCUGCAGUGCCACAAGCUGUGCAGUGUCUGCGCUGUCUGGGGAGGGGUAGGAGGUGGAAAGACAAGACUGAGCUGCCGCAGGUUUCCUCGCUGGAAAGCCUCUUGGGGGAGGCUGCAUGCUCUUGUGAGCAAAGCAGGUGAAACAUGGAGAAGUGACCUGAAGAAUGAGCCAGCACCAGCACUGCGAGAGGAGCUGCAACCCAGCCCAUGUGCUUGUGAAAUCCCUUUGUUCCCACAUGAAUUUGCAGGUUAUUCGGCUGCCUGAAGUAAAAAGUAAUUGCAUAAGGGCUGCAGUUUGUAAGGAGGGGCCUGGGCUAAGCCGUGGGGCUGAGCUGGGCUGGCCGGUGGGUGAUUGGAGCUGUUCUCUUUGGGGCAGCCCCAUAUUUGCAUUCUCCUGAAGAGAGAGAACUGCUGCUAAAGCUGCAGUUGCGCAGAGGCCUCUGGGCUUUCAGAUAAAACAGAUGAAACCUAAAAACCUCUGCAGGUCCCUUGCAGCAGGCGGUGGGUUCAGCCCAGAUGCUCACCUCUGACACUGGGGACGCUGCCCUCAGCCCUGGCACCUUCUUCCAUCUCUCUCUCUUUCCUGUCUGUCCCUGGGGUUGCGGUACUGACCUGUUUUGCUUCGCAGCCAUCGCCUACCAUGGGGUUUUGAAGCCCCCGCUGCAGGGUUUGAACAAGGAGCCCCGGUGUUUUCUCUUGGGUCCAGCUGCUGUCUUAUUCCUACUCGCACCAACUUGUGGCUGGCUGCCUUAGGUUACGUGGUGGUUUCAGAGUUAUUCAUGCCCAUUCGAGCCAUUGAUAUUUUUAAACUUGUAUAGCAAGCCUUCUGCUCCUGCCCUCCCCUUAAGGAAAGUGCCUGCACCCCAAGCUCCCGCUGGCUUGCAGCCACCCAGCUCCCGUGGGCUGCUCUCCAGGCGCUGGCAUUUGCACGGACCUCGGACCACGAAGGUCUUUUUGUGGGUUGUGAAAGUAAAGCAGCAGGCAGGAGCAGAUGGCUGCGUUAUCAGGUGCUGCAGUCCUGCCUGCGCGUGGCCAUGGGGGAGUUAAAGUGGGGUUUUACAGUUCUCUUUUUAAAGGAGAAAUGCUUCUGGAAAGGAUUGAACGGGUGCAGCUGAGGGGGUUUGUCCCUGCCAUGAGCGGGCCUGCAGGAGCAGGGCUGUGUCAUUGCGAGCUGGACGUGCUCUGAAAAAUGGUGCUGGAAGAAGAAGGAAUCUCUUUGAGGACCUCCUCAGCCUUCUCUCACUCACUGCAAGGGCUGGAGGUUUCUGUACCAGCUGUAGCUGGGUUGUGCCCAGGGUUGCUUUGCUUGCCUGGUACCUUGUUUGCUUCCCAGUGAGCUGGGAGGGAAGCAAAGCCCCAUUGCAGAGCACAAAGCACCUUGUGAGAGCUCUGAGUCAUCUGAAAUGAGAACAAGGGACUUUGAGCAUCCACGUGACUAAGAAAAGCCACCUGAGUGCAUGCACAAGAGGCUGAUAAAGUGGGUAAAUCCCUUCCUAGAAGUCAAAGUGACACAACCCCCAUUUGCCUCCCCAGGGGAAGCAGGAGCUGCCUGGGAUGCUGAUGCCAGGAAGGGCCCCUCAAAUCAUCCCUUGUUGUAUCCUAAAGGGAAUCUGCUUUGCCUGAAUGUACCGGUUCAACUGCGCUCUGAGGAGGAGCUGGAGAGGAGGGCAGUUGCUCUGGGACAGGUGCAGGCGUUUGGUAGGAGCAUCCCAUGGGAACACCCUGCAUCCGCCAGAGAAAGGGGAAUUGGAGGCUGCUCUUACUCACUCGUGGCUUUACCGUCAUUCCCGCUUGGAAAAUAAAACCUGUUCUAAUAAACAGUGAUUCACGUUGUCUGGAGUUAAGAAUAGGUCAUCUUCCGUGUGGGAACGUGGGCGCCUCUCUUCCUGUGGCAGAUCCCAGGUUUCUCCAUCGCUUGCCCCCAUCCUUCUCCCAUCUUCCUCUGGAGAUGGUUGGAUUUGCUCUGGCACGGCUGUAUUGUGCACACAGAACUUGAGUGCUGCUGGAAGAGGCAGCUGCCCACGUUGCUCCUCUCCAAGUUUAUUGCAAUAGAAUAGGUCCUGUCCCUUCCUUGCUUUUCCUGGGAUUUUUCCCAGUGCCUGGAGAGCCUGGACAAGCCCUGGCUGCUCUCAUCCUGCUCAGCCUCCGUUUUAGCCUCUGUUUUCAUCAGCCCAGGAGUCCUGGCACUGGUGCUGUCACACAGGGAAGUGCUGGACACAGACCCAGUUCCCGGCACUGCUCACAUCCCAGUUCCUGAGCAGCGGCGCCACAUGAAGGAACUGGGAUGGUCCCAGUUGGUCCCAGGCCAAAUGCCAUGGCUUUGUCCCUGCUGGAGCCUGGGCUGGGCAGUGCCCCGGCUCGCCAUCCGUACUGGCUGGAGACGGAGGGAGCUGGCGUGUCCCCCCCCCGGCCACCGCAGCGCCAGGUUUGCAGCCCCCCAGGUAGGAGCUGGGGACGGGGGGUGCCCCGGGAGCACCCAGCCCUGGGGCAGAGGUAAAAAUAGCCCCUGGGCCGGCUCCAGCCCAUUGUGGCUUCCUGCAAUUUACAGCCCUUCCUGGGGAGGGGGGAAGAGGAGGCAGGAACUUGCCUGGUUCACUUUGACCCUUUCGCCACCAGCGGAGAAAGUGCCAGAAGGACCUUUCCUCCCUCCUUUUCCGUCUCUGGAUGGGGCAGGAUCCUGGGGAAGGGGACUGGAACCGCACCCAGCAUCUUGGGGUGGAUGUAGAAGGAGGAACUGUUGGAGUGGACAUGGUUUCUCUGUCCCAUUCUUGAUACCCUGUAUGCUGGGGAGGGACAAAGAGACUCAGUCCUGCCUGGGAGGAGGCAGAGAUCUCUGCUGCAGAUCCCAAAAUCCUGGCCAGGCUCCUACAAGGAGGUGGAAGAAGGAGGAGAGCUGGCAGAGGUGAGCUGGAGCUGCAGGAGGAGGAGUCGUGAUGCUGGCUGGGUAGGGUGGGCUCCAGGGUGUGAAGGCUGGGCAUGGGGCUGGCAGGGUGGGCUCCUGCUGGUGGGGCUGGGCUGGCAGGGGUUAAUGGGGUGGCUCCUCCUCAACCUCUAUAUGAGGCUCCUGCCUGCUCUGGGCUCACAGUUUGCUGUGGCGGCAGAGGGGCAGGAGCCAAACGACAACAGAACGUCCACACAUCCCAUCCCUGCAUCCCUGUGUGGGCUCAGGAGCUGAACAAGAACAGAGUGUCCUGCAUCCCAUCCCUGCAUCCCUGUGUGGGCUCAGGGCCUAAUCCAGGAGCCAAGCGAAGCUUUGGGAGCCUCCCCAUCCGCAGCACCAGACCCCUCCUCAGCUGCUCAGGGGGGAACAGAGCAACCGGAGCUGACACUGAAGGGCUGGGGGCGAUGGUGCCCCUGGGCAGCCCUGCUCUUGCCGCCUGCGCCUCCAGCAACUUGCACCUCGUGGUCCCCGGCUCUCCCCUGGCCCGGCUGAACCGGGGCCCCGGGUGCCCGCAGGAGCCGGGGGGCGGCAGGGGCCGGACGUGCAGCGCCGUGGAGCGGCUGGAGGCCGAUAAAGCCAAAUACGUGAAGUCGCAGCAGGUCAUCAACAGGCGGCAGGAGCCGGCGCUGCGCGGCCGCUCGCCGUGGCUCCCCCCCAGUGCCCAGCGCCCCCUCACCCGCCAGCAGCGACACGAGUUGUGUCAGAGCUCGGAGCUGCGCCGGGACGGUCCCAGGAAGCUGCCGUGCCCCCCCCAGGCCCCGGUGCUGCGUCGGGCCGGCGGGAGCCACGUGCUGAGACCCGACUCCCUCAUCAUCUACCGGCAGAAACGGGACUGCCCGGACGGGGACAAGGAGAACGCCGAGAGCUCGGGGCUGAUGCGAAACCUCUUCCAGGGACCCCGCAGAGACAAGUGCCCCAGCUCUUCCCCAGCCAGGGAGCUGGGUGAGGGGCCGCCGACACCCCAGAGCCCCGAGACCCCCAUGCCGUGGGUGCCCACAGAGAAGGAAGAGGCGAGGACGCCGGGUGCCAGCAGUGGCGGUGGCAGUGGUGGCAUCAUCCCUCUGCCUGGCGGCUCCGUGGCACAGCCCCCCGGCAAGCCGGCGCUGGCUCUGCGCGUCUCCCUGCCGCUCUCGGAGCAGGAGCGGUUCUUCAACUGCUGUGGGCUGGACCGGGCGCUGGUGGAGCUGCUGGGGUGGGAGAGGUUUGUGCCCACGGGCUGGGACAACGCCCGGACUCUGCUCCACGGCUCCUGCGAGUCGGAGUCUGGGCAGGCCUCGGGGGCCAGCGACGGGGAGGUGGGACCGGGCGAGGAGGAGCCGGAUGCUCGGCUGGGCUCUGCCGUCUCGGUGGUGGAGCGCAACGCUCGCAUCAUCAAGUGGCUCUAUGACUGCCAGCGAGCCGGGGUGGCUGCCCGGGAGUCCACCGUCUAGGUGAAGGCAGCGCCGGGUGGCGUCCACGUCCUGGUGCUAUGGAGCUGCUGGCUGAGAGGGCCACCAGGUCUACCCAGGACCAGGGAUGAAUGCAGACGCAGCACCUGGAGGGCAGGCGGGAAAGGGGCUCCCGUGGGGGAGUCUUUCCUUGGCCGCAGGGCUGGCAGGCUCCUGCCCCCGUGCCUGACCCAUCGCCAUCCUCCCUGUCUCUGCUCGGGUCCUGCACCGGCCGGACCGGGUGGGCAGAGCCCGAGCCCCCCAUUGCAGGCAGUGCCCACCCCGCAGCAAACGGGCUGCUGGGGCCGGAGCAGCGCUCAAUAAACCUGGUUGUGUUUUUC